CAGCAGGUGUCAGUGAGGAGUCGCAGAGUCAGAGCAGCAGCGGGUUUGUUUUUCUUAGCCGUUAGCAUAUGAAGCUCCUGUAAAAGAUGCCCGUGUCUGUCAUGAUGGCUGAAUUUGAUGAAAAGCUGCUGUUGCAGUUUGAAACUCAAGAGCUGGAGGCUCCUGGUGGCAUUGCUACGCCUCAAGUGUAUUCGCAGUUACUAGUCCUGUAUCUCCUGCACAAUGACAUGAAUAAUGCCAGAUACCUCUGGAAACGGAUACCACAGGCAAUCAAAACAGCAAACCCAGAGCAGGCUGCUAUAUGGGCCGUAGGACAGCGUAUCUGGCAGCGAGACUUUCCAGGGAUCUACACAACUAUUGCUGCUUACCAGUGGUCUGAAAGCAUUCUCCCUGUGAUGGAAGCUUUAAGAGAGUCCACCCGUAGGAGGGCAUAUGGGCUAGUAGCGCAAGCUUACACCUCUAUCAGUGCAGAGGACUUUGCUGCCUUCGUGGGAUACUCUGUAGAAGAGGCGGUCAAAGGUGUAGUUAGCCAUGGGUGGCAGGCAGAUCCAAACACCAGGAUGAUCAUGCCACAGAAACCAGAUCCGCCCCCGGUCUCUCUGGUUCCAAACGAACAACAGCUGGCCAGACUUACCGACUACGUGGCUUUUCUUGAGAACUGAUAAGCACUCCACCCUCUUCCAUCCUCUUCCUCACCACCUCUCAGAUACUCAGUUUUAUGGAAGAAACCUGUGGUGUCCAGGACCCUUCACACACAUUCAUCUGUCCUGCUUCAGUGAUGGAGCCACCAUCUUUCUUUUGUCUGUUUUGCUUCUUGAACUUGUCAGCCACAGUGAUGUAGAAAAGUUUCCAAAUUGUUUUACUUGUACAACUUUUACAUCUACUUUGGAGUAUGACAUUGCUGUCAAUAUUGUAAAUUAUUGUUUUUCAGCAUAAAUACUUCACUAUAUGCACAUUUUGUUCAGGAUUUUUGUGCUGUUUUGAUGUUACAGGUCAAAAUUGGAUCCUUGUGUAAUUUCAUAUUAACAAAGAUGAUGGUUAAGACUUCCAUUUACAAAUGUUGUACAAAAUCACUCAUCAGAACAGCCACAUGUGUCCAGAUGUGUAAUUACAUUUUUGUCAUAAAUUUUGGCACAUCAGUUAAAAUGGCUUCUUCUUGCAAUUAUUGAGACACAUUAUUGAGACUAUGCAUUCAAUUGUGCACUAUGUAAACAAUAGUCUCUUUUGUUUCCUUAUGUUUUUUGUUAUAAAAAGCUUAUGAAAGUCUGUUAUGAAGCAGAGCUGGCAAUGAAGGAAUAGUUCAGUUUAAAAAAAAACUUGUCAUUUCUAGCAAAGGUAUUGUUUACCAGUGCAAACAACCGACAGCUCAAAGCAGCUUAUUUUGGGAGGCGCACAAUUGUAUUUAAGAUGUUUUCCACAGUCUGACAAGUGUUUUGUUGACAGUGCAUCUCUGUCUGUCUGCUAUUCAGAUGUUUUGCACUGCCUCCUUGGUUUCUCACGCAGAGUGGAUUUGAAAAAGGAGAGGAAAUGUACCAGCUGUUGGCCACUGUCAAAUCCUUUCAGCUUGAGACUAAAAGUGCGAUCCAUAUGCGCUGAAACAAUGGGUACAUAUGGUACUCUGAGAAUGUUAACCUCAUCCAUUUUACCAUAUGUUUGUCUUUGAAUUUAAUCUUCCAUAUUGCAUUUGCUCAUCUUUUUACAUUUUGAGGUUGCGCCAACCUGGUCCUAUCCGGUUUUUGACUUGGCAGAUAUUAUUAUUAUUAUGGACUUGUGUUUAAGUUUAUGAGUGCCCUAAGGUUUAGCGUCUUGCCCAAGGUCACUGGAAAAGAGUUGGCUCUCUGCCACUUGGCAAGUUUGCCCUUAUCUGGCAUAAAACCUUCAACUUUUACUUCAGUGUCUGAGCCGUUAUAUUUAUACUUAGCAUAUUUCAUUUCUGAAUAUUUUAAAGGAGACUCUGUUUCUAAUCCUUUGGACGUCCAACAUAAUCCUGCGCACUUCAGUUUAGACUGUUCUCUAAAACAAAACAAAUGUUGUUGGAAUGUUGACAAGAUGCCUCAUUUGGUUGUGCAUGCAUUUCCCAUUGUAAUGUGACCAAGACUGGCAGGACUUUCUUUGUAGUCUGAAACCUAGCACUCCUGAGAGGUGAAUGCGUUAAACCUGCAGAUCUUGUUUUAAUUAUCACUUGGACCAGCCUAAUUUCCUUUGAUUUUAUAUUUCUGUAUUAUAUCAUAUAUUUUAAGCUGUAUGAUCAAGUGCUAAAAGACCUUCAAAGGACAUGUUUCGUGAUCUGAGAUCAUCAUUGACCUUACACUACAUCAAACAGUAAUAAAUGCAGGCCAGCUGAACUGAGGUCUUUGACAUCAGGAGCGGUCAGAGGUCACAGACACAGGCUUUGCUCAAGCAGCUGGGGUGCGUGUGUGUAAAACUGUUGAGCCAUUUGUGAGGCCAAAUGAAACUGAUAUCCACUCCUGAACUUCUAAAGUUGGUGUUUUUUGCUUGCUUUUUGAAUUCUCCUUGACAAAUGAUAAAUCAGCAUUGUUAUGGUAGUGUUUUUCUUUGCUUUAAAAUAAAACAAGCUCCCCGAGGAAGGUUUACAAAAGCCAGAUUUGACCUCUUCGACAGAUGUUCGUAAAGUGCUAUUGGCCAUUCCUAAUGAGUUCGCCUUUUGCAAGGGUUAAGGGUUAAGUCUGUAUCCCAUCAUGCUGCAUGCCACAGAGGUGACGUGCAGUAAAGGUGAGCAGAUUUCAAAUCCUCCUCUUGCAUUUACAUAACUUAUCUUAUGCUCUCCUCUUUGAAGAGACGUUUAAGCAUUUUUUGCUGUCGCUACAGAAAAAGUGUUACUUCUUAAAAUGGUGAAAUGGCUUUGUCUCCUUAUGCAGAAUUGUAAUAUCGCACAUUUUCUGCAUCUGUUUAAAAUUUCGAUUCAGCACUGUAAGUGUUGCCAUCCCUCAAAUCUGAACUUCUCUCCACUACUGUCGUUCUGUUUAUGGAUAGAGAGCGGUAUGAACCAUUGAGGAAGAAGGGUUAUUUGUCAAAACACAGAGUAAUAGAUUUAUUGAAUUUAAAUAAACAAAAAUCCUGCUGCAUGUGAAAGGAAAAUGUUUCCAUGUGGGUGGAUGAGUCAUAGCUUUUUUCUUUUUUUUUCAACCUAUGAAGUAUUAAAACAGUGUGGGUGCUUUUGUGAGACAGAGAAGUAGUGUUUUAAAAUAGCAAAAUAUUCUGAAGAAGCUGUUUGUUCUGACUAAUUUAUGGUGUAAAACGUUAUAAAAUCUUUG